AUGUCGAGCGCCCCGGUUUCAAUACCAUCGUUGCCAUGGUGGGCGGAGCUGAAUCGGUUAGCCGAUGAUGAAGGACUGGCCGAUGACAGAGAGGCCAGGGAGGAGGGGGGGUUUGGACUUGAAGACGUCGGAGACAAGGCGGACACCGACAACAAAUUGGAGGACAUUGUGGUUAACAGCGACGAUUCUGUUGACGAGGCAUUAACAAAUAUUCUUAGCAUGUUUUUACCGGGUAUUAAUUAUCAAAACACGUCAUUGGCUGUUGUUUUCCCAAAGAAGACCCCUUCUCAUCCAGGGUUAAGUAUUUUUAUCCCCUACAUCCAUACAUCUGUCAUCCUCUCUACAUCUUUUCCCUCAUUUAUUCCCUUUAACCAGGGAAUUUGUUAUUCCUCGUUCAUCUCCCACGAACACAGAAAGAAAACCCUCGUUCCUCACCUUGUUCUCUUCUCUCUCUCCCUGUCCUCUUCCUCCAUCCCCUCCUCCCCUCAUCCCUACCUUACAUCCACCCCGUGGAAGUCGCCGCCGCCCCCAUCACCAACACGAACGACGUCCGGGUCGCCAUCCGACGACCCGGAUCCGAAACCCAGAAAAAGAUCCAAACCCAGCUUGGACGAGAACAAGGAACCCAGGUUCGACGAGAACAAGGCCCAGAUCUUCAGGCUCAAGCUCACCCACGCCCACCUCCAACCCAAUAUUUAUUUUUGGAUUUGCAGGUAUAAGGAAAGGCGAUGGGAUCUCAAGCAACUUAUUGGAUUUGAUGAAAUGCCAUCAUCACACUUGGCAAUUGUCACUUCUCUUGCUACAGCUGUUGGUUUUCAUGAUGACUUUGGAGGAUCACCAUUCGCAACUGCAUUGGUCUUAGCAUGUAUUGUAAUGUAUGACGCAUUUGGUGUAAGGUUACAUGUUGGUUGCCAAGUAGAGGUUUUGAAUCAAACUGUUUAUGAACUGCCUGUUGAACAUCCUCUUGCUGAAAGCAAACCCCUACGUGAACUUCUCUGGCACACCCGUACUCAGGUAAUUGCUGGCAGUUUUCUGGGACUUGUCACCGUGAUAGUUGGUCAUUUUAUAGUUGCAUCUGGUACAGCUCACGAUUGAAUCCCCCAAAAUAAUAUGAAUCAAGAAGGCAGCCUUCUACCUUGACAUAGAAGUGUUCUCCAAUCCUAACUUCAAGGCGGUUUUAUGCGCAACUUUGUCAGGAUAUUCUUGUACUAGAUGGAACAAUUUUGUUGGAACAAUUGUAGACUAGAUGGACUUUAUUUAGUUGGAAUUUUUUUAUUGCAUGGAUGUUUUGACUUCAGAUUGUUCACAAUACACAUUUUGUAUAACGUUUAGAUUGUGAUGCUAGAACUGUUGUUCGGCUGCGGCUGCAGCUGCAGCUGGCUUGUGGGCAACUUGUUCUCUAUAAUUACUUGAAUACAUUGGGAAACUUCAUCUUCCCAUUGUAAUUGUUACUUUUCAUUUUCAAUUUGGAUCUGCCUUCAAAGUUAGAGAUAUCUAUGUAGCAUGAUGGAGUUAGUCGCAAUAAGCACUCAAAAGAAAAGGAUUUAAGGUUGCUUUCGUUGAAUGCCCAAGUGAAACACAAGAUAUCAUGAUGACUUUUGGGAUGAAAUGGUCAAUUAUUUACUGGAAUUUCUUCCACCAGAUAAGGGCAUCUCGCUCUUGCGCGCGCAAACAUGCACAAUGUCUCACAGAUAUCUCAAAUUCAAAGUAACUUGUUGCAUACAAACUGCUACAAAUACUAAGCCACAUUAAAAAUCUAUAAUCGUUAAAAUAAAAUAAAAAUUAGAAAAACAGUUCUUUGUAGCUGCUCGAAGCAUGAUAUCUCUAUAGUCUGUGGACACUGCUGAAAUCUCCAGAAGAAAAUUUCAAACCAGCAACUUCUCUCCAAAAUGCUUGUGUUAAGACAGUAUAAGACGAGAAGAAAACUUCGUCAGGGAAAUCCGAAAAUGGUGGAAAAAACCGUUCUCAUCUCUACAGUAGGAUCACCAAAGGCGCUCGAGUUCACCCGCCAAGCAACAUGCGCAUCCGGCCUAACUAAGAUAGCUCCUCUACUUGUCAUUUGACAUAUAUCCCACCAUGACGAUAAUGUUAAACUCUGCUUCACUUCCACAAGAUCUAUGUAACGCAUCCAAGGCAACAUUGCUUCCUCGCUGCCUACUUCAGCUCCAUUAGUGGCAUCAAGUCACUUGCGCGAUUCGAACGCGCAUUGC